CGACUUACUCCCAUCUGCCAAGCAUACCCGUACUUUCCACCAGCAUGACGUCUUAUUACAACACACGAGAUGAGAGAUGGAGGCAUCCACCUCGAACGGCUCUUAAUCCUGAAGCGAACCAGAAGCUUCAUAUUGGCAUCAUUGGAGCGGGUAUAGGGGGUUUGAUGGCGGCCAUCGCCCUGUUGGAGAGCGGUCACGAUGUCGAGAUUUAUGAGAGAUCCCAAUUCAAAAGCGAAGUCGGGGCUGCAAUCUCGACGCCUCCCAACUCCACAAGAGUGCUCAACUACUACGGAUUCGACUUCGAACGGGCCAGAGCCACCACCGCGGAGAAAUACAUAUACUACGACGACCCCAACGACAUUAACAAAACGCGAAUGGUGACAUGCACCGACUACACCGCCAGAUACGGCGCCCCCUGGCUCUUUUUCCACCGCAUUGAUCUUCACAAUGAACUCAAGAUCCUAGCCACGGAGCCGACGCCAACGAGAAAGAGCGUUGCUCGCCUGCAUCUCGGCGUCAAGGUGUCUGAUGUCGAUAUCGACGGGACGAUACACUUUGAGGGUGAUGCGAGCGUCCAGAAGGACCUAAUCAUCGCGGCCGAUGGCAUACGAUCUUCCUUCAUCUCAAAGGUCGUGGACGAUGCCCCGGAAGCGCAGCACUACAUGUCGAUGCUCCGAUUGAUGGCUCCCGUAGAGGAUCUCCGCGAUGAUCCGGAAGUCGUAGCUCUCUUCAAAGAUGGGUUGGCUUCGAUCCGUAUCAGCUAUGGGACCAUGCGAAGUGCCGUUAUCUACGGAUGCCGAGGGUAUGGCUCUCUCCAGAACAUCGGCUUGCUGUACCCUCCUGAACUUGCCAUUGAUUCGGAAGGUAAGUGACUCAGGCCAAGCGUCCGUAGAGAGCUCUCUACUCACCUCUCACUACCAAGGCAACGACCUUUCGGUAAGAGAAGACUUUGUCUACAAGGUCGUCGAGGAGUUUCCGAAGCCUGUACAAUCCGUCUGC